AUGCAGGAUACAAAGGAUCGCUACAGCUCCAGUGAGAGACACUCAGAAGAGAGAAGCACCGAUGUAGAGGAAGAUAUUAAAAAGCUAAUGGGCAAGAAAACAGAUAAUUUAGACAAAAAAAUGAGUGUGUCUAUUGAUCAGGCCGAUACAACCAUUUCAUUGCUCAGGCAGCUUGCCCUGCAGUAUGAUGAGCUGGAGGCAUUCUUUAAGUCGCAUGACCCGAAGGUGCGAGACGACUUCCCAGCGGAACUGCUGACAGAGCUAGUAAAGUCAAGCAAGAUAUCGCCUACACUAUGCAAAAUGGUUGAGAGUGUGACUGAGGAGGCAAAAAACCUUCGAAGGGAAAAUGAGCUACUAAAGGUUUCAGAGAAAUCCACAAGGGAACAGCUGGAUAACAAUACAGGAUCCCAUCGCAGUCUUAAGCUAGAAGUAAAAUACCUAAACCAGGCGCUAAAAGAGGCAACUAAAGAGAUAAAAAAGCAGAAGGAUGAAGCAACCGCCCAAAGAAAAAGAAUGCUUGAGAUGGAAACAUCUUUGGAAGCACAGAAGAAGAUUGCAAAAAGUCUCCUCCAAGACAAAAAGGUGAGCAACAAAGAAACUGAUAUACAUGAGGAGGAGAAGCAGAUACUGCAGGACAUGAUAAAGCAUAAGGACGCAGAAGUAGAGAGGGCAAAGCGGGAGAAGGAAGAAAUGGCGUAUGAAAAGCAGAAAAUAAGAAGAGAGUACGAGGUACUUCAUAUACAAUACAGCCGUCUAAAGAAAAGAGCUGAGCUGAAGGAGAAGGCAUUGUAUUCAUGCACCGAGGAGAUGGAGCUGUUAAUCAAGCAAAUGGACAAACUCUCAAAGUCUGACAUGCAGAAAAAAGAGAGACUCGAAUACAUGGAAAUAAAUAAAAAGAAAAGGCUGUAUGAUAGUCAUCUGGGAAAUAGAGCAAAAGAGCAGCCUGCAUAUCCUGUAAAAGGGCAUAAAGUACAGGCAGCACCCGCACGAUAUGCAAGAGCAGAGCAAAAACCGAAAGGAAAACCCAUCAUCCAACCAGAAGUCAUCCCAGAUGAAACAGAUCAUACCGAAACAUCUGAGCCUGCAAAUGAAAGCAUAACAGAUAUUCCUAUUUCCUUUUCGCAGGCAGUAGACAAUGCAUCAGUGCCAGAUCUAGACUCUAUUUCUUCGGAUAGAACUGCAACCAGCUACAAGGAUAUGCAGCGCAAAACAGAAGAAAUGUCUAAAAAGUUGAAAGAUCUGGAAAACCUUCUAAGUGAAAUCAAGCGAUCAAACGACUCAGAGCUUGAUAAAGUAGAAGAAAAGAUCAAUCAUAAAACAAAGCGCACGUAG